AGGAGUUCCGAAGCUGAGCCGCUCCCGCCCACCGCUGCCGCCGCCGCUGCCGCCGCCGCCGCCCGCCUCAGGCCCGACCGGCCGGCCCCGGGACCGCAGACCAGCGAGGACGCGGGAAGCCAUGGCCGAAGCGGCGUCCGCCCCGGUUCCUGGGAGGGACCAGCAGAGGAGUGAGAGGCCUCCCAGCCCUCCUUCGCCCCAGCCAGCUGCAGAGCAGAGCUCCUACCUCUACUCCACGGAGAUCACCCUGUGGACCGUGGUGGCCGCCAUUCAGGCCUUGGAGAAGAAGGUGGACUCCUGUCUUGCCCGCUUGCUGACUCUGGAGGGACGCACCGGGACAACCGAGAAGAAGCUGGCCGACUGCGAGAAGACCUCCGUGGAGCUUGGCAGCCAGCUGGAGGGCAAGUGGGCCGCGCUGGGGACCCUGCUGCAGGAGUACGGGCCGCUGCAGCGGCGCCUGGAGAACAUGGAGAACUUGCUGCGAAACAGAAACUUCUGGAUCCUGCGGCUGCCCCCGAGCACCAAGGGCGAGGCCCCCAAGGUGCCCCUGACCUUUGAUGAUGUUUCUGUGUAUUUCUCCGAGUGGGAGUGGGGCAAGCUGGAGGACUGGCAGAAGGAGCUCUACAAGCACGUGAUGCAGGGCAACUACAAGAUGCUGGUGUCCCUGGAUUAUGCCAUCUCCAAACCUGACAUCCUCACCAGGAUAGAAAGGGGAGAGGAGCCCUGUCCUGAAGACUGGGACCAGGAAAAGAGUGAGGAGAAGUCUGCUUGCCCAAAGGAGUCAGGCACUGGCCUCCCUCCACAGCCAGAGUGUGUCCCUCACCCCCUCAGCCCCACCCAGGAGGAGCCGAGAGAGCAGACCCCUGAGCAGCAGCAAGAUGAGGAAGUACGAGGGCCCCUACCAGGGCCUGGCACGGGUGGCGCCGUGACCGUCAAGACGGAAGCCCAGUCUGAGGAUGAGAUGGUGCCGGAGCAGCUCUUCCUGGGGUCUGCCAGCCGGCCUACGUGUGGAAUCCCCAAAGGGCCCAGAAACAGAACUAGAGGCCCCCGGCGGCGGCACCAUGCCCAGGGAGUGUCCAGGGUGCAGGUGGGCGAGCCCCAGGCAGUGGGGGCCACGGGAGAGUCACCCCGGAUCCUCCCCCGACGGCGCGAGCGGGCUUUCCCCUGCCCCGACUGUGGGCAGAGCUUCCGCCUGAAGAUCAACCUGAGCAUCCACCAGCGGACCCACGUGGAGGAGGAGCCCAGGGAGGCUUGGGGCGACGCCUCCUCCACCUGGGGGCAGGAUGCCUCCACCCUGGAGCCAGGGGAGGUGGUGGUGCCUGGCCCUGUCAUCCGCUGGCUGCCGGAGGAGCCCUCCAGACACCGCGCCCUGGCCGGCCGGGCCUUCCUGGGGCCCAGGCCCACGGCUGCCAAGGUGUACCACUGCAGUGAGUGUCUGCGCUUCUUCCAGCAGCGCAAGAGCCUGCUUCGGCAUCAGCGCCUGCACACCAACAACAGCGAGGGCUGGCCCGCCUGCCCCUACUGCGGCAAGGCCUUCCGCCGGCCCUCGGACCUCUUCCGCCACCAGCGCAUCCACACCGGCGAGCGGCCCUACCAGUGCCCCCAGUGUGGCCGGGCCUUCAACCGCAACCACCACCUGACAGUACACAUGCAGACCCACGCCCGGGGCCAGGAAGGCCUGCACUUCCCUGUGCCCUCCCGCCAGGGGAGCCCGUCCCUGCACAUGCCCAGCUAUGGGGAGGAGGGCUGACCUGGCAGACCUGUGUUUUGUAUCUCUGGGCCUGGCUGGUUCCAGAGAAUCUUUCUUCUUCGUUGAAAUGGGAAGCAACAACUCUUGGUGACCAUGUUUGUAUGACAAGGUGCCUCCCUUUUCUAGUUCCUGUUUGACCCUCUUCACUCCCUUCCCUACAUUCCUGGCUUGUGAAGGUUCUUGAAGGCUUAGGGGACACCAGUCUUCAGUGGAGUCUGCCUGGCUACCACAGUCUGGGGACCAUGCACACCCUAGGCACUU